CACUGUCACUUUAUCUAGAAGAAAAAUAUAACGUCAAAAAAGAGGUCAAAACGGAUGUUUGUGUGCAAACGGGAAUUCUGCGCAAAAACAACAAAAACUAAGACAACAUCAUGAAAUUAACAUAAAAACUGUAUGAAACGUUCUCUAGCCCACCACCAAAGCUCUACUACGGCUCAAAAAUGUCUGAAACCAGCGAAAACCUAUGCCAUAUGUAUUCAUUACCUGCCGAAAUUUUACUUAACAUCUUUAUUUAUUUACCCGCUAAAGAUUUAACCAAAUGCCGGGAGGUGUGCGUGAGAUGGAAUUUAAUCAUCGACGGUCUAGCUAGGAGCGACGAUUUGUGGUCUAAAUACUGCAAACAGGAUUUUAGCAAGGUUUACGAGGUAGCUAGGCGAAAGGCAAAACCUGGACUACUUUGGUACAAUUUAUACCGUUCUUUAGCACUUUGGCAGCGUUUAAUAGAGUCUAGAGAAGACAGCGACGAGUUUGCUUCAGCCUCGAGCCUACGAGAGGAGAUUCGUAACUUCGAAAUACUCGGCAAUGGCGUUUUAGGCGUCCACAAAAAAGCUGCAAUAGUAUAUUACGACAUAGAAACUUUACAGGAAUCUAAACGCCGUUCUAUAACUGGCGAUUUUUCUAGAUACACAGAGAACGAACAUGUAAUCGUUAUACUGAGUUUUCAUCUCCAUCUAUUUUUGAUACGCAAAGCGCUCUUCGAUUUGUCUCAGGAAGAGAGCAACGUGACAUUUGAUAAUGUAAAACUUUAUACUUUAACUGAAAACGCUCUGUACUUUGUCAACUUACAGGAUGAGAUAUUUGUAUGCAAUUAUUUUGAUGAUAAAAACAAGAAAUUGAACGGCACGCUUUUAAUGCGGUCCGAAGACGGGAUUAUGUCUCUUGGUUACAGCGAAGGACAUCUCAACGUGCUGACAUUCCAAAGAAACAUAUACACUAUAAUUAACAACAAUCUUGUAUUCAAAUGUUCGCUCGGACCCGACUCAAAUCUUUUACACCAAUUACAAAGAUACAACUUUUUAGAACAACUAGACUGGAGAGUAUAUUUCCAAUGGAUGUAUGUUCUGAACCACGCGGUACCCGAAGGACCGUUACGAGAUAUAAUAAUCAUACGUCCUUAUGGAGACGUCUACUUUGUUGGAUCCAACUGGGGAGUGCUACGAAUUUACUACGCUCCCUACAGAGCUGGAGAAUUCAACAUUUUUGAUACGCAACCGAUAAAACAGUAUAAUUUUAUGGAGCGUUCCGACUGUCCCGUGCUAUCAACGUGUCCGAUACUCCAAGUAGAUGUGUUUGAAGGUGAAGAUGGGCAUACGGUCAUCGUAGCAAUGCCGAAGAAGAUUGCGGUACUGAGUUUCACUCAUGUCUUUAAGCGAACAGCGUCUUUAGCAAUGCUGCCUUACAGCGAAGUACAAAAAGUCAAGUAUAUGAAGAUCAGUAAAUGUAGCUAAUUUUUUACUGCUGGAUAGCCAGAUUCACCGCUUCUGGGUAAGCAAUAACUAUCAGGUAAAUUCAUGCUUGUAUAGGAUGACUGGUAAAUAGUGACCGAUACUUGAAUGUGUGAUUCUACUCAUAAUUACAAACAACUUUCCCAAAGACACUUAUUUUUUAUUAUCAUUAGUUUUAUCACAAUAGCAAAACAGCUGUUUUAAACUAUACAACACUCUGGGCUUCUCCUGUUUAAAUUAAAAAAACAAAUGAAAAAGAAAAAGUUUCUUUGGUAACUGUUACUGUUACAGCUUUUUUAUCGUCCCACUGCUGGGCUGCGGCCUCCUCUCACACGGAGAAGGAUUGAGCGAUAAUUACCACGUUUGCUCAUUUCAGACUUUAUAGUCCAGGUUUCUCAUUGGCGUCCAAGAUAUACCUACUUAAAAAGUACAUACAAAUUUAGAAAAGUUGCAUUGGUACUUGCCUGACCUGGAAUCGAACCCACACCCUCAUACUCAAGAGGCUGGUUCUUUACCCACUAGGCCACUACAACUUCAUUGGUAAAGUUGCUUAUAAUUAUGAGUAGAAUCAUGUGUCCAAGUAUCAUUUGCUAAUUAGCAUUCACUCUAUAUAAAAGAACAUAUGAAUUAUAACUCGUUAAAUAUCUUUGCCCAUUUUGGAUAGUCAUGACUGGCCGAAUACAUUACUUAAGUCAUCAAAGUGCUGAAUUCAAAAUGGCAGAUUUAUUUGAAGAGAGUUGAGAUCACAUUAAUUUUCUAGAGGUUGUGAAACUGGUGUUAUAAAUAUUAUUAUUCUUUAUAUCUUUUUAAUUACUGUUUUUAAAAGCUGAAUAAUUAUAAAGAUUUUUAUUUGUAUAUUAAAAUCGAUUGCUUUAUGAUAGAUUGGAAGUUAAUUUAUUUAACUGGUCAUGUUUUUUCGGUAAAUACCAAAAUUCUAUUGUAAUGGCCAGCUUAUAAAUAGAUGAAAAAAAUAAUGUCGUUAAUAAUAUUUGUCUUGUAAUUUUUUCAAAAUUUCCUAUGCUUCAAUGAGUUCAAAUUCUAAUUCGAAUUUAAAAUGAAAAUCAUAAAAUAACAUAUUUUUAUACCGAAAGCAUUAAAAUAAUAACUACAUACCUACAUAAAAAUUUUAAGAAUUUUAGUUUUCAAUAUUUUUUCUUGUAUUUUAGCAGUAAAAAUUUAAAAAAACAACUGCCACAGCUUAAAAAAUACUGAACCUUACAUUAUUAAGGUACCAUAGUUCAAAAAAGACCUUAGGUAAUAAAAAUUAGGGCUCAACUCUGUCUAGAAUAUAAGAGGGGAGAUUCCACCAAAGUGUGUACGCUAUGUCGCGCGUCCACAGCUAGCAUGUGUUCGCGCGGAUGUUGCAGUGUCGCGGACAUGUUAGUAAUGUUCGCGCGCAAUGUGUUACUGUUUGCUACAGCGAGUACACCACGAGAUACAGACGUGUGUGUCCAAGGGGGAAUCUAGAAUUCUUGAGACCCUACUAAUAUAAUAUUAAUUUAAUACGGGGUAGUACAAAUAUUUUGGUGUUAGUUCCUAUCUCAUACACCUUUUCAUAGAUUCGUUUUUGUCAUGUAAUUCACUUAAAGUACACAUACUGCAAAUUUUUUGUCGGCCGAUAAUUUGUUUGGGCUCAUAAAUCAGUAUGAAGAUGAAUGAUAGUACGCACAUUACAAAGAUCAGGUAUUUAGCCGGUAUCAGAUCGACUAAAAACUUGAUUGGAAUCAAGAGUUUCUUUAAAAUAAGUUUUUGCCAACUGUCGGCCAACUUUUUAGUAUGCAGUGUAUAGAUACUCAUACACUUCAUGUAUCAUAAAUUGUGACCAUUUACCAUUAUUUAUUCAAUAAGAAUGACAGCAAAAUAUGGAAUUACGAGAUACUUUUUCACUACAGAACGAUAGAUUGAUGGAUUGAUAAAACGGGAGCCGUGGCUGUCUGCCGUCAUUUUAAGACAGAUUUUUUAUGUUGUCGUUAUUCCGAUAUUUGCUGUUGUCUUUAUUGAAACUUACAAUGAGUUGCACCGUUUAACUGUAAUGAUAAUCGAACCAUGAACUGGUUAAAGAACCUACCUCUCAAGUAUGGGUGUGGGUUCGAUUCCAGGUCAGAAAAGUAUCAAUGCAACUUUUCUAAGUUAGUAUGUGCUUUCUAAAAAUAUCUUGGGACACGAAUUACCGUGUUUCGGAGGGUAGAGAAACUGUAGGCCUCAGCUGUCAUUUUAACGGCAGUCGUUACGGGUAGUCAGAAGCCAGUAAGUCUGAGCCUAGGAAAAAGCUAGGCAGAUAGUAACCGUACCAUUUUCACGAUUUGACCAAUGAGCGGCAAGUAUACGGCUGGUUAUGGUUUGGUUAUCGUUAUAGUUAAAUGGUGCAAUUCAAUCUUAGAUUUACAAAGUGCACUGUGAUUUUAUUUUACCAACUAUCUACUUAAAAUGUUUAUGUAUUAUGUUGAUUGAUAUAGAUCUUCUUUAUUUUGAAAAUCGUUAAUUUAAUUUUCGAUUUUAAAUUGUUUGGAAAUGUUUAAGGAUGCGUUCCCACUGUAUCAGGACAAAGAACCAGGAAAUUUUUGAACAAAUAAGUCCUCAAAAAUGACAAAUAAACUGUCAGAUCGCCGAAAUAUUGUGAGCAAAUGCUAUCUUAUGAAAUGUAUAUUAAUUUGGCUGCCUCGUUGGUCUAGCUGUCGCAAGUGCGGCUGCUGAGCACGAGGUCUCGGGUUCGAUUCCCGGGUCGGGCCGAAAUCGCUUUGUGGGUUUUAGAAGACUUUCACAAAGCAGCCCGGAGCCUGGAAAUUGGUGAUUGAUACACCCGUGCAUCGGAGAGCACGUAAAUGUCGGUCCUGCGCCUGAUCUCUCUCCGGUCGUGUCGGAUUGCCGUCCCAUCGGGUUAUGAGAGUGAAGGAAUAGGGAGUGCACCUGUGUCUGCGCAAAUCCUUGUGCACUAUAAUAUGUCCUGCGCAAUUGGCUGAUCUCCUUAAAUGAGAACAGCCGCCGUAGCCGAUAAUCGGCUAGGAGGACAUCAUCAUCAUCA